UUUAAAGUUUUGCUACAAUUUCUGAAAAUGUUGUUCACAAAUAUUUUUCAUGAUUAUAUUCAUAUACAUUUUUCCUUUCUAUCCUACAGAUGGCUGACCAACAAAUACUUGAUAGGCCAAGUUGUUUAAAUUAUACAAAAAGAUAGAGGUUCGCACAUCAUCUGGAUAUGUGCAGAGGACGAAUCAUCAACAACUUAUGGCUUGUUGCAUUAAUGUGCAUCCUAGCUGUUUGAGCGGUGAUUGUGAAACUUGCUUUAUAUCUUCACACACAGGUCAUCCUUACAAUACUUUUUAAGAUUUUCUUGCAUCCUUUAGGACUUAUAAAGAUCCUUUGAAUUGAUAACAUCGUGAGAAUGUUUGUGAUUGUAUUACUUGAAAACUUGUUAAGAGGGGGUUAUUGGUCUAAGGCAUUUGAAACUUUCUGUUAUUUCAGUUGCCACUAUAUUGAGAUAGAAGAGGUUUGCAUUGGUUGUAGCAAUGUGCAUCCUAGCUGUUGGAGCAGUGAUUUUGCAACUUGCUUUAUAUCUUCACAUAGAGAUCUUUGUUUUCCCUCAUUCUUUCCUCCCUUGAAAAUAGAAUUGACUAUAACAUAUCAUUUAAUAGACAUAGUAACAGAUUUUGUCCUAGAUACUACAUUCUAUUAACAUGUUAUCAUAUAUCCCUCCUACUAAUGGAAGCAGUUCCUUCAAGGGUUAUCCCAUGACUGCAUCACUUAUACUGCUUAACUCUACUUUUUCUGACAUUUCCAGACCCAUAUUCUUCUCCUUCCCAGACAGGUUGAUUGAUGCAUUAGGAAGGUACACCCAUCACCCAUGGUUGGAGCUUGAUUCUUGAUUCUGCCAAUGCAGGAUUUUUCCAAGUCAACUUUGAAUUAUGCAUCUGCCUAUGACAACAAUGCUUGAUUUUUCUCAAUGCGAUGGAUGCCUUAAUGCCUUAGGUAAUAUAUGCCAAUUCCAUUUUAUUAGUUUCUGUUAGUGUUCUUUUUUGUGUGUCUGUGUGCAUGCAACUCAAUUAAAUAAUCAAUUGGAAA